GCUCUCCUUCCCCUGCACGCGCUGCCCACACCUCCGCCGAGCACUGAGCCUCUCUCUGUGUUGUUCUGGGGUUUUUUUAGCCUAGAUGUCCCUUUGCUGCUCGGAAGCUCCUCUCCUCGCCUCCUGAGCUCCCCGGUUCCCCGCCAGCCGCGCCUGUCCCGGAGCACCCGCCGGAGAGAAGAGUGACUCUCUGAACCUGUGAAAUGGCAGUGAUGGGAAUUACAUGCCAAGGUGCUCCUGAUCCAGCCGUCAAGCACAAGAAGGAGCUCACAGCUACCAAGGGGCUGAACGAGACAGUUAGUGAAAAGCAGAGCAGUGUUUGCAAAGUAGAAGAUUCAAAGAAGGUCAUCUUUCACAGUCAGUGGAAAAUCCUGAAUGAUGUAAUCACCAAAGGAACAGCAAAAGAAGAAACAGAAGGAGGCUGUGCAUCAAUUUCUAUUAUUGCCCAAGCAGAAUGUGAAAACAGUCAGGAGUUCAGCCCUACUUUAUCAGAGAGAUCCUUUAUUGCUCAUAGUAAGCGUUACAGCCGGUCAGACAGUCUCGAUCAAAUCCCUAACAAUGUGGCCCAUGCAACGGAGGGGAAGAUGGCACCUACCUGCUGGAGAGGGAGGCAUCGCGGUAAGACAAAAAAGAAACGUCACAAGAAAAGAUCCAAGCUGAAAAUACAAACAGUGGCUGCUAGCAGGCGAGGUCCGAGAACUCCAGAACAGGAGAGCUGCACACCAAUUCCUGUCCAGGAGGAUGAAUCACACCAAAAUGCUCUUUACAGAAACGAUUAUUGGGUUACAGAACUUAACAAGGACUUGGUCUAUGAUCCACUGCCAUUUGAGAAACCUGAGAAAGUUCUGUCCACGGGCAAACUUCAUUCACCAAGGAGCCAAUACAAAACAGAACUGCAUAAGUUGAUAAGCCCUAUUCAGUGCCUUAAUCAUGUUUGGAAACGGCACUAUCAGAGGGACAGUGUUCCACAGCCUGAAACGCUCCAUCCUGACAGUCCUCUCUAUGCCAUGAAACAUAAUGCUCUGGGGACGUACUUCCAUGGUGAUCUGAACUAUCAGGACAGUGAGCAUCACUUAUCUGGCCUAAACUUAGAAUAUAGUUUCCCCAAAUGUGUCAACCAAUCCAUGAAAAACAGUUUGGAUAAGAUUUCUGUGGAAGAAUACUUGGUAGAUGCCCUGAAGGGCAGCGUGAGUCUCGGUGAACCACAAAAUUUAGCCAGCCUAGCCAAGACGUGGCGAGGAGGUGGUCUGGACCCGAAGGAACAAUUUCAUGAAGCGGAUGAAAAUGAAGGCGUGCUACUUAAUGAGAAACUAAAGCCAGUGGAUUAUGAGUACCGAGAAGAGGUUCACUGGACCAAGUGUCAUGGCUCUUUGGGCAUUGGCUCUUUUGGAGAAGUAUACAAAAUAGAGGACAAACAGACAGGAUUUCAGUGUGCUGCCAAAAAGGUACAAGUUGAACACUUCCGUGCAGAGGAGUUAACGACAUGUGCUGCAAUAACAAGUCCUAAAGUUGUCCCCUUGUACGGAGCUGUGAAGGAAGGACCUUGGGUGACCAUCUUCAUGAAGCUGAUGGAGGGUGGCUCACUAGGUCAGCUAAUUAAACAGAGUGGCUGCCUGCCAGAGGACAGAGCCCUCAGUUAUCUGGGCCAGGCAUUAGAGGGCUUGGAGUAUCUUCACGCUCAAAACAUUCUCCAUGGAGAUGUGAAAGCGGAAAAUGUGCUCUUGUCUGACGAUGGAAGCAGGGCUCUUUUGUGUGACUUUGGUCACUCUGCUCACCUUCAUCCAGAUGGCCUGGGAAAGUGCUUGGUCACAGGGAACUAUGUGCCUGGCACGGAGACUCAUAUGGCUCCGGAGGUGGUCAUGGGAAAGCGUUGUGACUCCAAAGUAGAUGUCUGGAGCAGUUGCUGUAUGAUGCUGCACAUGCUUAACGGGUGCCACCCUUGGACCCAGUAUUACAAUCACCCACUCUGUUUAAAGAUCGCUAAAGAGCCACCUCCUCUGAGGGAAAUUCCACCUUCCUGCAACCCUCUCACUGCUGAGAUUAUUAAAAUGGGUCUGGAGAAAGAGCCUGUUCAGAGAGCGUCUGCUUCUGAACUGAAAACUAAGACCAGUGUCGCACUUGAAGAAGUGGGAGGUGUGACAAGCCCCUGGAAAGGCGAGUACAGAGAGCCUAGACAUUUGUCUUUGAACAAGGAAAACAAUCCACAGAUGUCCAUGUCUCCCACAGUGAGCCCAGUUUCUGAGGCUGGUUCUGACCCAAAAUUGGCAGUCAAAGUUUCUUGUGUGAGCCCAGUCCUACCGCCACCAUCUCUGGAGCAAACAGAGGAGGUCGAAGGAACCCCUUGGAACGUGUGCAAGGAGUUAUCGGAAACCUGGGAUCCUCCACCUCUUUCCUCGACUCCUCUGCCCUUGAAGAGCUGCAGCCAUGUGGAGAGAGCAGCAACCAUUUCAGAGCAGGAGCUUCAGCAGCUGGAAAUAGAACUGUUUUUGAACAGCCUUUCACAGCCUUACUCGCUGGAAGAGCAAGAACAAAUGCUUUCGUGUCUCAGCAUCGACAGCCCAUUUGUGUCAGACGCCAGCGAGAAGAACUCCAUGAAGGCUUCUCAUAGCUUGAGGGACACUAUGAGCUCUGGGAUUCAUUCCUGGAACAGCCAGACAGAUGGACAAAGCUUCAGUUGGAACAACCUGUUGAAUCGCAGUCGGCACACAGACACUCCCAGCUAUUUCAACGGAGUGAAAAUCCAGAUCCAGUUGCUAAGUGGAGAAAAUUUACACAUCAGGGAUUUCCACAGGACAAAGGUGGGAGAUAUUGCCACUGGGAUAAGCAGCCAGAUACCAGUCCCUGCUUUCAGUCUGGUUACUAAAGAAGGCCAGCCAGUUCACUACGACAUGGAGGUCCCCGACUCCGGUAUUGAGCUGCAGUGCACCCUUGCCCCUGACUGCAGUGUCAGCUGGACAUGGCGAGUCAAACACGGUCAACUGGAGAACAGGCCAUGAAACCGUUCCUGUUUUGGAGGUUUUUACCUUGUUUGAAGAAGGAAUUGCAAAAGCUUCCAACCACCCCUGCCAUGGAGCACCAAGUGCAGUUGCUGGUGUUUUGUGCUGAAGUAGGAUAGCUGUUCAGCAGCUCACUGCUCUCGGGCCUCACUUCUGUUGUCUGUUCUGAUCCAGUUCCAAGACAUGUCCUGAGCUUAGAUCUUCCCCAGAACAGUGGGAAUUACUUGUUUGGGGUGUGAGUGUUAGGUUGAGCUUGAGAAUAGUGGGUGGAAAUUCCUGCUUUUCAGAGGAAUGUGAUUGUGCUUUUCAGGAGAGUAGGGGGAUUGGAUGAGAACUCCUGUUGCUCAGCCUCCGAGGUGAAGCCGGUAGCUGCUGGGCUUGCCUAAAGGAGAAGGUUGGGUAUCUUCAGUGCAGCUGUGGUUGUUUGUGCUGAGGGGAGCUGGCUAACUUCCUUCUAGCUGGAGGAAAAACUUAACGUUUCUGUAGGCUUCGGGUAGCAUCAUCUCUACCUCAAGCCUUUUGCAUGGGGAAAAUCAACAGCAGUAACUAGCUGGGUUCUUGGUUUCACCUCCCACCCUUCCCCGCAGACGCUUCCUUCUUGAAUCAGAAAAGAACUUUGUUCCCAGAAAGAGCUUUGCUUGCAGCUCUCAUCUUUAGGUCUCCUCCCCGAUUUAGGAGCUGGUGCUCUCUCUCUGGUGUUGCAGCCAAUGUUGUUUGGCAGGGGGAGGGUAUUCCUUGGCGGGCAGGGGGAAGGAAGGGCUUGUAUGCCUCCAUCCUGUUCCUGCCGCUGACUUGGGACUUCACCUGAACUGUCCCAUCCCGGCAGCUCCCCCUGGAGGGGGAAGGACCCGCGGCUCAGUCCACUCAGACUGAAUUUUGCUGCAGCGUUUCUAAAAUCUCACUCCUAGCUAUCAAUCCAGCCGGAUGCUUGGCCCCUCCGCUGGAGAUCAGUGCCCCAGUUCUGCGUGGUGUGUUAGCUCAGCCUGUCUUCACCAGCACUUACGGACUGGCACAAGGCUUCGUACUGCUCCCCUUACGUCAAAAUGUGUUAAAAGAGUGGGAUGGGCAGCUGGGCCCGUAAUGCCUUAAGCUUUGAACGUUUUUUUUUUUUUUUUUUACUGAUUUGCGAAUUGUUUGGAAUAGACUGAAACUGCAUGGGUCAAAUUCAGAUGGGCAGGUGUUGUCAGCCCUUCUGUAACCCAGAACAAAACCAGAGGGAGGUGUAUGCUAUGAAUGUACCUCUUUGGGACUGCUCAAAGGCCUUGCAGGUCUGGAAAUCACAGUCACGCAAUGACGUGCUGUGGCUCUUCUAGCAUGCUGUAACUACAGUGGCCUGUGAGCAGGAGCUCUCGACAUCCAGAUGGAUUAGAGGAAUGGUUCCCAAAAAGCACAGUAGGCCCUGCCGGAUCUGUGCUGGUUCUGGGGGACACAAUGGGGCAGGAAUGUUUGCAGUUUUCUCAAGUGAAGUUCACUUAGAAAACAGCUGGGGAAAAAAGUUACACUCUGG